CGCACGCUCUGGCUCCGAGGAGAAUUUAAGAACCGAGGUAGGGGAGAGAGGAGUCGAGGAGACAGGAGAGAGAGAGAAGAAGGCCAGGAGCCCAGGAGGGCUUCCUCUCCCCAUUCUCCAAUCCCUGCCUAUAGCCGAGCCAUCCAGCCGCGAGGAAGGAGGAGGCGUCCCGCCGUCUCCGCCCGUCGGCCGACCUUCUGCUGCUGCAACUUCCAAUUCUGGAAAGAUCAUAGAUUUUUGGACAAAAGCAAGUGGACAUGGAACCAUCCUCUCAGCCUCAGCCUGCAAUGGGUGUUGCUCCUGGUGGAUCUCAGGUGUAUCCUGCCUCUGCCUAUCCGCCUGCAGCAACAGUAGCUGCUCCUGCAGUUGCAUCUGCUGGUUUACAGUCAGCGCAACCAUUCCAAGCCAACCCUGCUCAUACGAGUGCCCAGCACCAGAUUGUCUACCAACAAGCUCAACAAUUCCACCAACAGCUCCAGCAGCAGCAACAGCAGCAGCUUCAGCAGUUCUGGGCUGAACGCAUGGCUGAAAUUGAGGCAACAACUGAUUUCAAGAACCACAACUUGCCACUUGCGAGGAUAAAGAAGAUCAUGAAGGCUGAUGAAGAUGUUCGCAUGAUCUCAGCUGAAGCUCCUGUGGUUUUUGCUAAAGCAUGUGAGAUAUUCAUACUGGAGCUGACACUGAGGUCGUGGAUGCACACUGAGGAGAACAAGCGCCGCACCUUGCAGAAGAAUGACAUUGCAGCAGCCAUCACUAGGACUGACAUUUAUGACUUCUUGGUUGACAUUGUUCCCAGGGAUGAGAUGAAGGAGGAUGGAGUUGGGCUUCCUAGGGCUGGGCUGCCACCCAUGGGAGCCCCAGCUGAUGCAUAUCCAUACUACUACAUGCAACAACAGCAGGUGCCUGGUCCUGGAAUGGUUUAUGGUGCCCAGCAAAACCACCCAGUGACGUAUUUGUGGCAGGAGCCUCAGGAACAGCAGGGACAAGCUCCUGAAGAGCAGCAGUCUCUGCAUGAAAGUGGCUGAAAAUGUUGCUCAGAAGCGCUAUCACCUGAUUCAGAGUUCUCAUUUUAGGUUGUCCAAACUGCAGGUUUUCGUUAGCUAAUAUCGCUGGGUAUCAAACUGAAACAGGUGAUUCUAAGUAGGGUGUAGCAUCAUGGUAGUUUCAUUUCUGCUGUGAUGUUAGUUGAAAGGAUAAUGAUUAGGGGCUAGUGGAUUAAAUUUACCAUACCGUUUCCUUCCGUUCUAAAAGUUUGCCUCCAUGAGGCCUCUGAUAUGAAAUGCUGGGUAUUAAUGCUUCUGUGCUCUGCUUC